ACAAACUCUCAUUGCAACUGAGGAUGGACGUCUUCUUAAAUCUUAAUGGAUGCAGUCGACAUUGACAGUCCCUCGUUCCCCCGGCGCCGCAAUGGUAAAGUCAACGUCGCUGUCUUGGUACCCGAUACAAUUGUGUCAGUGGUGAAACCUUGCACAGAAUGACGCGGUGUGGAUGUGUGAAUUACAAGGGAAUUCCUGUCUUCUGACUUGAUUUGAACCGAACACCUUUUGCAGCUCACAAAUAUUGCUUUAUUUUCCCUUAUCGCUUCGUUUUCGCUCCGGUCCCCUCCUUGCUUGCACUCUUGGUUUCUUAGUGAGAACUGUCUGAGUGUUGCGGGACUCUGGAGCAACCUUUCAAUGGUAUCAUGGAGCUGAACAUCACUGAGCAGAAAUUGAGCAGCAUGGGUAGAAGUAGAAUAAUCCAGUCUCUCUAGCUCUCAUGACCACCCAGAGUGUGUACACAGAUGCACGAGACUGACUUACAGUUAAAAUAGUAUGGAAAACGUAUUGCCGUGAUGUUGGCUGCAGUUCCGAGCUGGAAGCAUCAGAAUAUCAGGUGGUGAGAGCAAGGAUUUUGCUGCAAUGACUGAGGUGGAACCUGUGCUGGACUUUGCUACAUCAGGACGGACAGGCCGAAGAAAUGCUUUGCCUGACAUAUUAGGCUCACCUGCUGGAGUCAGUCCAUCAGAACUUCCCAUGAAAUUGGCCGAACUGUCUAUUAAUGCAGAAGGAGGAGAAGGAAGUCAGACACCAUCAACGGAGGUGCCACCUGAAUCAACAGAAACUCCAGAGCUAAAAGAUGCAUCAUAACAUGUCGAAGAAAGACAUUUAUAAUACAUACUGUGUAUCAAUAAAGCUUUAAAUCAAAUGACCUGAAAGUCAUCAUGAUUCCUUGACUCUGCGUCAAGUUCAUCUGAGUCUGCAAGGUCAAAAUAGAAGGCAAGGUGUGGAGAAAAUUUACUGAACAAGAUAAGAUAAAUCACCAUUAUGACUUGGAAGGGAAGCUUGGAAAAUUUCAUGUUAAAUUCUGAAGAAAACUUCCAAGUCUAACAUUUAAUGAACUAUCACAUGGAUUGAGCUCUCGGUGGCAAUAGAAAUGACUUUCACAGUUAAUUGCCAGCAAUCCAUCACUGUGACCGCUGAUGUAAAUCUUUAUAAUCUGUCAAUGCAGUGAAGAUACAUAGCAGAAGUGUUGAUUAUUUGUACAGGAACCUGUUUUAGAAUCACCAAAUCCAAUUUCUGGACUUUUCUAACUUUGUCACUAAACACAUUUUAAAAGUCUGCAUAUGACUUGGUAAACAGUUUUGCCUUUAUCCUUUAAUAUAGUCAAUUUUGUAUGCUUGUGCGAAAGUUGACUUCAAACAUUUGAGUUGUGCAACUUUUGAGCAAGGAUUUAAUUGGGUCAAAAUUGCUGUUUGUAUGAAAUUUGUACAAUUCAAAGAACUGAGAUAUGUUUUGAACAUUACUUGAAUUUUAACCCUGUGUUUUUGUUUUCUUUUGUAUUCUGCUUGUCAUUUGAAUGCUGCAGCUUAUACAGGCAUGCAUUCCCAAACCCACUUCCAUGGUCUGUUAACCAAUAUAUCACUAACUCACCAAACCUUUUAAACAACUCCACUUCCUUCUAUCAUUAAUUAAAAAUACUUUUCAGCACAGUAGUUGAAGGGAGAAAAAAAAUCAGAGCUCCUAACAUUGUUGAAAUGUUGGCAGUGAAAUCUUGUGUUCAAAACUCAAAAGAUAAUGAAACCAUUUAAACAUCUAAUAGUUAUUAGAAGUGAAUUACAUAAAAAUAGGCUCAAUUUCUGCAUUGAGGGGAAUGUAUUUUGUUUGCAGUGAGUGUUACUUUUUUUCUAAUAUAAGUUGUGUAUGUCAAUACUGCUCCAACAGUGAGAUUGUUCAUGGCUGUGGGAACAUAAAUUAGGCUUCAAUUUUCUUUCAUAACCCAGCUUUUCACAGUUCUGAACCUUGUAAAGAACUAUUCGAAAUCAGCGGUUGGCACUGUCACAAAAGUGAACUGGAACAUAGCAGACUGUUAACUUUCUGCAGGGUUUUCAGAUUUUUCCCUCAAAGUAUGCUGGAGUGUGAAGCACUAUCAGGAUGUCCAGCUGCACACGCUGAAACUGUGGUAUUCACAAGCUGGUUUGCAAUGAUGGAUUUUCAUGGGAACAUCCCACUCGGGUAUAUCUAAAGGUUCUGGAUAUGUCAUGGUCAACUUCAUCUUUUGAAAAUAUCCAAUUUUUAAAGGCUGUUUGUUUUGAUGCUCUGACCCAAGAGAAUUAAUGCCCUCUAAAAGAGGUUGAAACUCUGAUGCAUUAGGAUUUAAUUGUGGGCUUCAGAUAUAAUAUCUGUGAAAACUGGGCUUGGAUGAGAAGCUAACUAUACCCUAAGUACAAGGUAAUUGGACAUCCUAUGUAGCCAUUGCACUUUUCAAUCUCAACUGUUGCACAUUGUCAAUUGGAUAAGUUUGUGCCUAUAAUAACAGGAGCUCCAUAGUUUAGAAUAGACCAGCCUGUGUUAAGUACUGUCAGUGCUUUUAUCUUCUGUCCAGUAUCUUGUGUAUGAUGAUAUACUGUACAAAUUGUAAAUUAAUCUCUAAAUUGCAUAUAGCUUCAUACAAACCCCUUUGGGUGUCCUGUGGUAUGUUGUAUAAAAUGCAAAUUUUGUAAAUUUUUGUCUGCAGAAGUGAGUGGGUGUGAAUGGUUAAAUUGCCAAAGUGUCGCAUAUUUUGACCAAAUUACACUUAGCUAAGACAGGACCACUUGUUUUACAAAAACAUCCUGGAACAUAUUAAUUAAUCUGUAAUUACAUUAACCAUAAAUUACAAUAUGUAUUUCAGCAUAAGUGUUUCUAACCAAUUACAAUACAAAUACAAAAGGGGAAAGGCAAUUUUUUCCCCCUGAAUACUUGCGUUCUCCAUUCUUGAAUAUUGCUGAAAAGUAAUACAUGUUGCAAAGUUUUCUUUUUUUGUCUUGCAUCGAUUUAAGACAAAUGUAAAAAUGUGAAAUUUCAAAUAUAUCUCAUAAUUUAUAAAUCGGGAAGAAAAAGGUGUUUAUUUGUUGGUACGGCUGAGUCUGGUUGACUGAGAUUGGCAUGGACAAAACUACUGACUUGCCCAAAAUGCUGCAGAAAUUCAAAAAAGGCACAUGGCUGGAAUAUGUUCUUGUCAUUUUCAGAGAAUGAACCCUUGUGUUAGUGUAGCUCGUGGUGCACUCAGUAUAUUUUCUGCAAGUGUCUCCAAUUGCCCAACUAACAAGUUUUGGUUCUUCAAGUUUGGGCUGGUCGAGUACAGUCUGUACUUGGCUUUUUAUGAACAACUGAAGAAACAUCUUGUUUGAUCAGUGAAUUACUGGGAUGUACAGCCAUAUAGUUGGUAUGAUAUCAGCAUUGAAGUUCAUACAUGACAUGUCACUUGGUAGGCAGAACAAUAUUUUGGACUGCAACAGCCAUUCUGUUCAUUGAAAAUGCCUCUCUUGUAGCCACUGCUGAGGUGAUGCCAGGUGUGCUUGCUGGAAGCAAUGUACAUUCAUACACGUUUGCUCUCAAACAAGAGGAAUAUGUUCAAGCACUGAAUCUUUCUUGCAUUACCAGGAGCUUGUGGAAACCUACAAUUCCUUGUUGGUUUCUUGAUGAUAACAUCUUGGGCAAUCUGAGUCUAGUUCUGAAUCAGCCAGCACCAUUUUCACCUGCAGAAUGAAUUGUCAUUUGAAAUUUGGCAUUCUCGUUCUCAUUCUCAGCUGGGUACAAGUUUGAAAAUCUUCAGCAACGUGUCCUUCUUUACAGUGAUAUACAACAUAUUAGAAAACGACUUCACCAUUCUCGGUGAGAGUUUUGGGUAUGGAGUAAUGUAAACAAAAUGCCUUUAUUAAUAAUCAAUUCACACUUAUGAAUUCAAAAUAUCGAUAUUUAAGACAAUGGUCAAAAUAUUAUCUAAGGUAAAAUCCUAAUCUAAAACAUCAGAUGUUGAUAUUAAUUGAUCUGUCAAUUGUGAUAAACUACUGUUCUAUAAAUAUAUUUUGUUUGUUCAAAAUUUAAGAAAAUAUUGUAAAAAUUCAUUGACUUGGGGACAUCUGUUGUUGCACUGCAGAACUGUUCAGCACCAAAAUGGUAGUGACAUCCAGUUGAAUAUUUGCCAGGUUAUCUGGCUGAUUCAGAUAAUGCACUUAGUGAAAAACUUUGUGGUAUUGCAACAUCAUCCUUUUUAAUGAAAGUGGUUUGAGAGUAAGUGCAGCCAAUAUUUUGAAGGAAUAAAGGGAUGUUACUGUGUAAUCCUGGACUUUUCAUGAGAACAUGUGGAAUCAAAAGUCAGGCAAUUAAGGUUUAAAUAUUGUAGCCCAACAUCUAAUUCUUCAUUCUGAAAGGCACUUUUUAUUUUUUUUUGUUUCUUGCUUGAUUCUAAUCAAUAACCUUUUUUUAAAAACAGUUAAUACUGAAGGGCAGGAGAGGGAAGAGUGAGUGCAAAAAUGUCAAGUCGACACAAGUUGAAGUUGGUGAAUGGGCAAGUUGAGAAGGAAUAUCAAAAAGAUUUUCAUUGACACUGCUCAACAUUUUGAGUGAGAAUUCAAGGUACAGAAGUAGCAACUAAACCUCUGCAAUCAAGCGAUUACUGCAAUGGUGAGGGAUUGACAUUUAAUUAUGAAUGAAAUAAGGUUGGCCGAAUAGCCUACCUAUUGCUAACCACAGACUAAUGGAGUACUGUAGAACUUAUACUAGUCUUGUAUGUUACAAAGGUUUUAGCUGUAUUUAUGUUCAUGCCACUUGGCUCCUGUGAGGACGGAUGUUAGGAUUGAACGUUUUGGUCAAAAUUUAAAAGUUAAAUUUUGUAAAGAUUCACUUUGCUUUUGGAAAAUGUGCUAUUGCGCUGCAAAAUUGUCCAGCAUCAAAAUGGUAGAGUCUUCCAGUUGAAUAUUUGCCAGGUUAUUCCUGGUUGUUUCAGAUAAUGCACUUAGCUGGAAACAUUGUAGUACUGUAACACCAUCCUUUUUAACGAAAAUGAUUUGAAAGCAACCAGGUGCAGCAAGUAUUUUCAAAGAAUACAGGAAUAUAAUUGUGUGAUCUAGGACUUUUAGUGAGAACAUGUAUUAUCAGAAGUCAGGAAAUUAUUUGGGGUUACGAUAUUGUAGCCCAACAUCUAAUUCUGCAUUCUGAAUGUGUUAACAUCCUGGGGCUUACUGCUUAGAAAUACUGUGCAGGCACAUGUUAGAGGCUGGGAAUUCUGUGGCGGGUAUAUCAUGUCUUAACUCUUCAGAGCCUGUCCACCACGUACAAGGCACAAGUUUGGACUGUAACGGAAUAUGACGUCUUCCAAAAUAUCAUACAGGUUAAAUUAUCAUGUCUCCAUGAAUGGCAAGUUUGUAGAAUAGCUCUUACAAUCUUUUGUUGAAAUUUUACUGAAAGCAAUAAGUGAAAGCUGGUGUUUUUGUUUCUGAAAAUGAAUAUUGCCCUCUGCCAGAAAUAGUACAAUGAUUUAAAGAUGCAAAUAACAUUUUGAAUCAUAAUGUUUCAAAAAUAUUUAUCCUUGCUAUUCAUUGUGUAACCAUACGCUAAAUGAAAAUUCUAGUCUGUGCCACUGUAUUAGGAGAUGGGCAGAAAUCCACCUGGCUGCCUAUCGAUCUGCCCUGGUUUUCAGUCUCUGUCUUAGAAUUCCUUCUGUCACUCCAGCCAUGCUGCUUGAUUUCUGCACUGCUACUAGUGCAAGGGUGUAAUUAUAAUAGAAGAUGACAAUGCUAGUUCCAAUUAAAAAUAUGUGAAUGUAGGAAUUUGCAGUCUCUGUUCUGCAAAAAUAAAAAUGACUGAAUUAUGUCUGCAGUUCUGCAUAACCUGACACCUAACGUUGUCCAAAGACUACACUUAAUUUUGUUGCCUUAUGCACAAUGGAAUGAGAGAUGUUUACAGGAAUAAAUAGUUUUCACCCCUAACAGAGAGGUCAGUUUACUAUGAAACUAUUUGAUCCCUCUUGGAAGAAGAAUUAGGGUAGUCUUUGACAAGUAGCAGUUAAGAAAGCAGUCAGGGUAUCUGUAAUAUUCUCUCCCACCACCAACACCCCUGCCCAAAAGCCUGACGUUGCCUUUGAACAACAGCUUUGCUGAUAGCUUCUUGCAUCUACUUCACAAAUCAUCUCCACAGCACCUAUUUAAAAACUAGGCUCUUAUAUUUUGUGACAGUUGGUGACCUCUGCUGGUGAAAUUAUUGCUACUUAUCUUCUGAUCAAGUUACAGUGCUUGUAUUUAAAAUAACUUUUUUGAAUAUUGUGACAAAAUGUAUACCCUGUUAAUUUAUUGUCUUCUUCUAAUAUGAUUUCUCAUGGUUUUUUAGUAUUGGUGCAAACUGAGUUAUGAACGGCAGUGUCUUUCUUCAAGGUAACUUCUUUAUUAUUUUAAUAUGUACGUUUAAUUGAUGGACAAGGCUGCAAUAAAAAGAGGUAUUGCAGUUUAAGUGAAUGAAACCUCCCCAUCACACUAAUGUCCAUUUGAGAAAUUAGUAGUCUGUUGUGCAACAUAUGCAUUUGGCUUAACCAUAACACAAGUUUUAACAUCAAGUGCCAAAUGAAUGUUAUUCUAAUAAUUGAAGAGCACAAUUUUUCCUUUUAUGCAGUUAGGCAACGAAUUAAAAUGUGCUAAUUUGGGGAGAACGAAAUAAAAUCAAUUUUCCUUUGUCUUAAACUGCAAAUCUGCAAUCACCUGAACUUGAAAGUAAGUUUGAUUGUAUUAAGUGAAUGAAAAUACUGUACUGUCUGACUGUAACUGCAAUGUGACCCAGUGUUGAGAAAGAGGUUUUGUUUUCAGAAAUUUUACAAGCUUUUGCUAUUUUGAUGAAAGAAUCACUGAUUCCAUUGUAAUCAGCGCAGAGUUCAAUUGCUCUGACCCCUUCUAUGAAUAAGGGAUCCGUGAUAUAUAUUUUACUUAUUUUCUUGCCAAGUUUUAUAUUCUGUCAGGAGGCAGGAUAAGAAGCAUAAUCAGUUUUCUUUAAAACAAAAGCUGCUGGAUAUUAUGCAAGCUUUAAUAGUGACAGUUUGAAUUCACCAAUAACAUUUUAGGCUCCUUUUGUGCUUCAUCUGAAUUUUGAUGUUGGGGGACAAAAGCACAACUCUCUAUGUAGGAUAUCCAGUCAUUAGGAAAUCCUGCUAUAUGAUGUACAGCUCCUCCACACUAUCCAAUAAUUUUCUGUUGACUGUACCUCCACUGGUGUGUUCAAGUCACGUUGUUUUCCUUUUACUCACAUUUUUUAUUGUAUCAGUUUGGGCUGCAUUCAAACUUUGAUUCUAGUGGUGAAAUGGAUCAUAUUUAAUUUGGCCCAGAUUCUGCAUUUAACAGGAAAGUGAUGGCACCUACCAGUCAUGUCAAAGAUAGCUGUUGAAGAAAUAAAAAUUGAGCAAUU